GUGGACAGUUUGAUUUCACAGAAGUGUGAUUGACUUGGAGUUACAUUGUGUUGUUUAAGUGUUCCCUUUAUUUUUUUGAGCAGUGUAUAUUUUAUAUUUGAGAUUCUUCAAAUAGCCUUGACGACAGCUUUGCACACACUUGGCAUUCUCUCAACCAGCUUCAAGUGUAACGGCUUUCCUCCUCCUCUUCAUCCGAAGAGGAGCAGGGAUUUGACCAAAACGCAGCGAGGUAUGAUGACAUGAUUUUAAUGAAACAAGACGAAAAAACACGAAACGAAAACACUUGAAUAAUUAACAAAAUAACAAAACGGAGUAGACAGACCUGGACAUGGAACUUACAUAAAUACACGAAGAACUCACGAACAGGAACAGACUACAUAAACCGAGACAGUCCCGUGUGGCGCGACAAACACUGACACGGGAGACAACCACCCACAAACAAACAGUGUAAAAACACCUACCUUAAUAUGACUCUCAAUCAGAGGAAAUGAAAACCACCUGCCUCUAAUUGAGAGCCAUAUCAGGUCACCCUUAUACAAACAUAUAACAUAGACUACCCACCCAAACUCACGCCCUGACCGUCAAACACAUACAAAAUAACAGAAAACCGGUCAGGAACGUGACAUCAAGACUGUUGCAAAAGCAUUCCUCAUGAAACUGGUUGAGAGAUUGCCAAGAGUGUGCAAAGCUGUCAUCAAGGCAAAGAGUGGCUAAAUUGAAGAAUCUCAAAUAUAUUUUGAUUUAUCUAACACUUUUUUGGUUACUACAUAAUGUUAUUUCAUUGUUUUAAUGUCUUCACUAUUGUUCUACAACGUAGAAAAUAGUAAAAGAUGAAGAAAAACCCUCGAAUGAGUAGGUGUGUCCAAACGUUUGACUGGCACUGUAUAUACGGUGUCAUUUCAUCGGGUUCUGAAUAAUACGGAGUGUUGCUGGCCUUUUACUCCACCCAUUCCGUUGGCGGUCACAAUGCAAAUCACUGUAUAUGGAAUACAUAAUCAUCACAUGUGCGAUUACUGCACUACAAAAAACUCUCCAACCAAACAACAGUGCAGGGAAUGAGUGCUGAAUUAAAGGGCAACUCCACUAAAAAAUGUAAGUUUCUUCGAUUUCUCACAGACCUCAAAACUCAUCCCCUGAUUUGGUUUGAGCAUUGUUGUGGACACAGAAAAUCAAAUGUUGUUGUUUUUCUGUUAAAAACUAAGGGAAAACCUGAAGAUAUUGGGAAAAUUUGAGAAAAUGUAAUUCGGUGAAAAAAUCGAACUGAUUUUAAAAGGCCACACCAAUAUUUUUUUUGCUGUGACUGACUGCAUUUAGUUAAGAAGUUGGGCCAUCCUAGAAAUGUUUUAGAAAAAUGUAAUGUAUCAAAUUUUGCAGAUGAUUUUAAUGAAAACGACAGUCAUGCGUGAAUAUAUUUUUAUGUAUGGCUGGCCCCGGGAAUCGAAACCGCUAUCCUGGCAUUGCAGUACUCUACCAAGAUGCUUGACAGGGUUAUAAAUGCUUUGUGAAGCCUCAAUUUAAUACGAUAUAUAAGUCCUUUAUUAAGCUGUGCUUAUGCCACCUUUUAUAAAGCACAGGUUUAUGUCAUAUUUGACAUAGUGGGUUAUGUCACAUUUGACAUUGGUGGUUAUGUCACACAGUUAUGCCACAUUUAUGAACCCUUUAUAAAGCAUGACAUAUAUUUAUAGAUCGGCAGGUAGCCUAGUGGUUAGAGCGUGGGCCAGUAACCCGAAAGGUUGCUGGAUCGAAUUCCCGAGCUGGCAAGGUAAAAAUCUGUUGUUCUGAGCAAGGCAGUUAACCCACUGUUCCCCGGGCGAUGACGACGUGGAUGUCGAUUAUGGCAGCCCCCCACACCUCUCUGAUUCAGAGAGACACAUUUCAAUUGAAGGCAUUCAGUUGUACAAAUGACUAUGUACCCCCCUUUCCCUUAGAUGAUUUGUUACACAUUUAUGUAGUGUUUAUGAAAGCUUUAUGAAUGUCAAGAUGGAAUAAGCAAAGGCUUUGAUUUAUUCUUAUAUAAAAUCACAAUAAUGUUGAAUUAAAGACCCCUGCCAAAUAAUAUCAACACUUAACAUUUUUUCUGCCUUCUGUAAGUUUAGGAAACAUUGCCUUGUGCCUUGAAAUUCUGUUACCAAAAUCCCACAUAUCUUUAAGAUAUUUUCUAAUUUCUGACCCUCAUAAGGAGAGAGGAUAAUGAAAGUACACAGAAGUUACAAGUAAAGGUACACCUAUCAAUUAGUUAUACUGUUUUUACUAAUAUACAUUUUGUUUAUGAAUUAUUAAGUGAAUAAAAAUCGGUAACAAAAUUUCAUAAAGAUCUGUAACGGGAUUUCUGCUAUUUAAUAGGCUAAAAUGGGAAAUCAUAGUACUCACAAACCACAAGUGGGUCACCUGCUACUGUCCUCCCUUCCACUGGAAUAUGUUCGGCUAAUAACGGUUUCCUUUCUAUUUCUGUCGUCUGGUGGUCAAAGCAAGAGUGUGAAGAGUCGGACAAUCCUCCCUCUCUCGCCUUCUCUACCUCCAAUUAAUGUCACCUCUCACGGCUCUUACUGACACCUACCCAUGAGCCCCCUCUCUUUCCAUUUAAUGUAACCAGCAGCAUCUUCAUCCACUGAGCACAGACCGAUACCGGACGUCCAUGGACGUUGAAAAUUAGUUGACAUUUGGUCAGUCCGCCCUAGCCUUGAUUUCAACGUCUACAAACGUCAGGACUAGCCUUCAUUUGACCCAAACUGGACCAAAUCUGAACCAAUCAUAGAUAUCUAUGUUUCAACAAUUUGGAAAGCACAGUACAUUACAGUACAGUAGAGCACAGUGGAGUAAAGAACAGUAAAGUAAAGAAAAGCAGUGUAUGUUCUGUACUCUAGAAUAGAGUGGAGUAGAGUUCAGUACAGUACACAGUAGACCACACUAGAGUUGAGUACACUAUAAUGUAUUGUACUGGACUGUACAGUUCUGAAUACUUUACGGAACUGAAUUCUACUCUACUGUACUGUACUGAGUUCUACUGUACUGAAUUAUAUUCUAAUUGAAUAUACUCUACAGUACUGAACUAUUGUACUGCACUGAAUCCUACUCUAUUGUGCUGUGCUGUACUGUACUGUACUCUACUGAGCUCUACUGUGCUGUACUUUGAUGUCCAAACUUGUGAAACAUAGACGUCUAUAAUUGGUUCAGAUUUGGUCCGGUCCGAACCAACCAAACAGGGUCUUGUUUGGUGGCUGAGCUCAUUAAAAUAAUAGCCAGUGUGUAAAAUAAUAACCAAAUAUGCAAAGAAGGAUAUUGCAUAUUUCUACCUUUUGUGUACCUAUUUAGAAUACACCACCAUGAAGAGAAUGACAUUCAUAUCCAGAUCAGAGACCCAUGAUGCAAUUCCUUUAACGCAAUUCUGUUAAUGAGUGUAAAUCCACCUCGCUUACUGUAGUUCAAUAACCAAAAUAGAUUUUUUUCAAAGUCGAGGUGUCAUGUCAUAGCUGACACCCCAUUCUUUCUGCAGAUGUCCGUGGCGUAAUAUUUGAGUGUGCUUGGAAGGGGUUGCAGUGGUGCUGAAGCAUACAUCUUUUGAUUUCCUGCCUCAAAACCCAUCCACUUCCUGUGUUUUAUGGUGAGUUGGCGCUCAUAUUAACUGCAGAGCGACAACAGCUUUCUAUUGGAUACGGGCCUUACCCAGGGUCUGGUGCACUUUAUACAAAGGACAUUGAUGUAUGUGGGAAAGAGCUCUGGUGCUGUGAUGGCACACUUGCCUCAGUGAGACUUGGUACUUGGCCAUUUGUAAUGAGCUCUCCCACUACUACACAGGCCUUUGACUUGCACCAGAAACAUUUCAGAAUUAUUUGCAUCACCCGCACCUCUCUGAUUCAGAAGGGGUUGGGUUAAAUGCGGAAGACACAUUUCAGUUGAAUGCAUUCAGUACAACUGACUAGGUAUCACCUUUCCCUUACUACGAUAUUGGCAUUCCUUAGUAGGCUACAUGUCCAACAUCUACCUAGUGCUUUUACUAUGUUGCUUUGUAGUCCUAAAUGGAAAUUCCUUGGCAGGGGUGUGGGUUAUCUGUCAGUCGGCUGCAAUGUUGUUAAUUUGCAAGGGAAACUGUGGUUUGAGUGUGACGCCACCGGCCACUCUUGUUGCUGGCAGAAUUGUUUUGUGUCUAUUAAAAUGGAGUGCAUGGCAGCUCUUUUCCGGGGAGUGGCACUGCAUGGCAUGGCACUAUUAAGCCAUGGUCUUGAGUUCUGUUAGUUCAGAAAAGAGAUGGCUUGAACAUGAAAGUCAACACUGACCCUGGAUUGGCCUAUCACUGUUUACAGUGUGUGAAAUGUAACCCUCUCGCAAUACAAGACGGCACACACGCACAAACAUGACUUAUUUUAGAUGUAAAGCAUUCCAUGAAAUGUUCCUUCAUCAAAAGUACUCCAUGUAGACAGAAAUCUUUAGCAUUUCAAGUGAAAUUGAAAUCCAAUGCAAAGAUAGUCUACAUUGUUUGGUUUGAAAAUGCUGUAGAUGCUGUAUUAUGUAAUAUUAGACCAUUUCAUUCAUAAAACUGUGAUUUUAGCUGUCCUAAAUAGAGGUCGGACGAUUAUGAUUUUUCAACGCCGAUACCGAUACCGAUUAUUGGAGGACCAAAAAAGCUGAUACCGGUAAAUCGGACGAUUUUUUACAUUUUAUUUGUAAUAAUGACAAUUACAACAAUACUGAAUGAACACGUAUUUUAACUUAAUAUAAUACAUCAAUAAAAUACAUUUAGCCUCAAAUAAAUAAUGAAAAAAGUUCAAUUUGGUUUAAAUAAUGCAAAAACAAAGUGUUGGAGAAGAAAGUAAAAGUGCAAUAUGUGCCAUGUAAAAAAGCUAACGCUUAAGUUCCUUGCUCAGAACAUGAGAACAUAUGAAAGCUGGUGGUUCCUUUUAACAUGAGUCUUCAAUAUUCCCAGGUAAGAAGUUUUAGGUUGUAGUUAUUAUAGGAAUUAUAGGAUUAUUUCUCUCUAUACCAUUUGUAUUUCAUAUACCUUUGACUAUUGGAUGUUCUUAUAGGCACUUUAGUAUUGCCAGUGUAACAGUAUAGCUUCCGUCCCUCUCCUCGCCUCUAUCUGGGCUCGAACCAGGAACACAUCGACAACAGCCACCCUCGAAGCAUCGUUACCCCCCGAGCUGACAAGGUAAAAAUCUAUCGUUCUGCCCCUGAACAAGGCAGUUAACCCACUGUUCCUAGGCCGUCAUUGAAAAUAAGAAUGUGUUCUUAACUGACUUGCCUGGUUAAAUAAAGGUGUAAAAAAAAAAAACGGCCAAAUCGGUGUCCAAAAAUACCGAUUUACGAUUGUUAUGAAAACUUGAAAUCGGCCCUAAUUAAUCGGCCAUUCCGAUUAAUCGGUCGACCUCUAGUCCUAAAUCCCUGUAUAUAGUUGCUGUCUGACUGAAUUGCUCCUUUUAGCCUAGGUUUCUGGGCAGGCUGGCCAGCCAGGGUAAUUGGCAAGCCUAGCCCCCUCCUUUUGCUUUGAAGGAUUAGAGUAGACAUUUUUCCCAUAUGGCCCAUGUGACCGCCUCUUUCCACUAGUGCUCAGCAUAAGAGAUGCAGAUUGUCUUGCUCUCAAUGUGAGUGUGCAAUGCUGCUCGGUGCACUACUUUCUCUGCUUACUCUUAAUUCCAAUGAAAAAACACACGGGCUCUAGGUCCCGCACUCGCUCGCGCUCCAGAUCUCAUUCUCCAUCCCACAAUAACCGAGAGCGGAACUACCCAAGGGAGUACCAGAAUAAUAACCGUGAGUUCCGGGGCUACCACCGAGGCUUCCGGAGGCCCUACUACUUCAGAGGCCGAGGGCGGGGUUACUUCCCACGGGGGCGCUUCCAGAGGGGUGGGGGAGGCGGCUACAACAACAACUACCGCCCCAAUAACUGGCAGAACUACAGGCAGCACCCCCAACAGCAGCAGCAACAACAGCAGCAGCAACACCCCCACAGCCCGAGACGGGGACGGUCCCGUACCCCUAAAAAGCGCUCGGGUAGCCCUCGUUCCCACAGCCACUCCAAGGUCUCGGACCGCUCUUCCUCGCCCCGAUCCCGGCGCUCCCCCCACUCCUCUUCCUCACAUUCCUCCUCUCCCACACGCAGGUCGGGCUCUGGGUCGGCCACGCAGAACUCUAAGGAUGUCAAGGAGGAGCGCUCUGCCUCCAAGGAGGUCCAGAAGAAAGGAGGAGGAGGAGGAGAUGGCGAGCCCGUGGAGAUAACAGGGGGGUCUGCAGGGCCUGAUGGGAGCGCUGGUGGGGACAAGCCCAAGGCUAACUGGCAGGGCGUGACGGAUCACAGCAACAGCAACAGCCCCAAGGAGUCAAGUCCUCAGGUGCGCUCAGCUGUUAUCAUUGGUCAGGGCGCCCCAGCUUCGACCCAGUCUAGUCCCUCUCCUAAAAGCACUAAUGCUAAUGGCUCCAAUUCCAAUGGUGCCCCCUCAUGGCAGAUACAGACAGUGGGCAGUUCACCUUCCACCAAAAGCCCUUCUCAGAAAAGCCCCACACCUGUGUUCUCUGGCUUUGGCUUCUUCUCUAAAGACGACAACCUGGCAGGAGAUAAAGCAGCUAUCUCCUCAGUGUUCAAAAGGUUCUUGGAAGAGCACAAUCAUAAGAAAAAGCAGUCUGGUUGGGAGAAUGGCAGAGAGAUGGAAACCAAUGAUGGGGAUGUGGAGCGGGAGAAAGGGAAUGGCAUUAAGGCCUCUGGGGGCAUCUUUGACAGAGAGCCCGACAAAGGGGAGAACGAGAAGUACAAGUACAGGGAAGACUAUGACGAUGAGGGAAAUGUGUCGUUGAACAGCUUCUUGAAAGCCUCCCCUUUCUUUUCCUGCGAUGGUGAGGAAGAGGACGAGGAGAUGAUACCCAAGUCCCGUCCCAAGGUGCUCCGCAAAGAGCGUGACCGGGAGGACGACGUGUCGCCCAAGCCCAAGGUCAAAGUCACCCUCUCGGCCAGGGAGCUAUUUGAGGAGCGCUUCGGCAAGUGGGAGGACCUGGCCUACUCGCAGGCGUCUGCCAAAGAUGAUGAUCUUGAUGCCAUGGCGGAGGAGAUUUACCGCAGCCAGAAGCAGGAGAAGGCCACGGCCAUAGCUGCGGCCUUGGCCAAGAGAGAGGCCAUAGCGGGCAUGCUCAGAGGCUUCUCCCCGGAGAACGUCAGCAAAGACAGGAGGAUGGAGAAAGCUGCCUCCAGCCGGUCCCCCAUACCCGCACCACGGAGGAACUCUGACCGGGAGAUGUUCAUGGUCAGGGGGGAGGACUCUCCCCCAAGGGCCUCUGAGAAAAGAGGAGCGGAGUUCAGCGUCAGAAUGGAUUCCCUCAGAGAUGACGUGGCAAGCUCCUCUGGUGUUAUGGUUGGUGAGCGAAGGUUAUCACGGGAUCUUGUGCAUCCUACUAAAAAGGAGCAGGAGUUUCGCUCUAUCUUCCAGCACAUUCAUGCCACACAGUUACAAAGGAGUCCCUCAGAGCUGUUUGCACAGCACAUUGUCACCAUUGUCCACUACAUUAAAGCACAGCACUUUCCAUCCACCGGAAUUACUCUAAAUGAGCGAUUUGCCAUGUACCAAAGAAGAGCUGCGCAAAAAGAAACGAUGAAGCCAAGGAAGAGCCCAGAGAUACACAGGAGAAUUGAUGUUUCUCCCAGUGCUUUUAAGAAACACUCUCACCUGUUUGAGGGGAUGAAAAGCUCCGGGGAUGGCAGUUACAAGGACGAAGACAAAAAAAUGAAGGGUGACUCAAUGGACCUUCGUGUGGAUAUUGAGCGCCGUAAAAAAUAUUCCACCCGGGAGACUGAUUAUAAACAGGAUGGGGGGAGAGAUUCAGGAGACUCCCCAGAGGCUAGCAGGGAGAGGUCUGCUGAGAAAUCCUCCAAGCACCACAAGAAGUCCAAGGGUUUUGGUCCCUCAACCUUCACCUCUUCCUCCAGGAAAAACAAGAAGAAGCAAUCUCGCUCUCGAUCCUCCUCUUCCUCUUCAUCUGCCGAAUCUCACAGGGGAGGAGACUAUCCCCACGAGGAGCCUGAGCCCAAAGACGAAGGCUUUAACAAGGCCAGGCUGGGGCCUCGGGGGGACUAUGGCGGCCCCAUGGAGAGGGGACGAGGACGCGGAGGCUUUCAAUUUAGAAUAAGAGGAAGGGGCUGGAACAGGGAAAAUUACCAGGGAAACAAUUCCAACAGUAAUACCGCUAACAUGGGCAUACCAGUUCACCCCAAGAAUGAGGACUGGGACCCAGAGUACACCCCCAAGAGCCGAAAAUACUACUUGCAUGAUGACAGGGAGGGCGAGAGGAAGUGGGUGGACAACCGAGGACGUGGAGGAAGGGGGAACUUCCUGCGUGGCAGCAGGGGCCGUUUCAUUAUCCGGAAGGCCAGCGUUGGCUUACCCAACAACCACACCAACAACAACAGCAGCCCCAAGUGGACACAUGACAAGUUUCAGGUCAACGGGGAGAAGGAGGAGGGCGAGCCCCAGGAGGAGGACACAGAGCAGGACCACAAAGACCAGGAGAAGUCUGAAGACAUGGAAAACGCUGAGCAGUGAGGGAGCUCAGGGAGAGAGAAACAUUGUACCAGCACAGUGGAAAUGUUCUACUGUCUCAAGUCAUCUAGGUCGUGUUGAAAUGGAUGAAAAUGGACUGAAACGGAAGGAAAGGACUACCUAGUCUUGUCCAAUAACAAACACCGUCCAAUAAGAAACUACCUGGACUUGCCCAAUUAGAAAAGACCCUGCUCACAGCCUAUAUCCAUCACAAUGGUUGGACAUGGGAGAGCGUUGCCCAUGCACAAAUAAUCACAUUAGGAAUCAAUCAGGACUCACUUUGACACAAUAUCUUUACUUAACAUUAUGUUAUACUUUUGUCAGGGUAUAGCUAACUUGUGUUUUAUCUGCUUAUAGUAGAAACACUGUUAGACAGUGAACUGCUGUGUUGGAAUAGGAAAUCUACGUAACCAACCUCUGUGCUUGAUAGGUUAGCGCUAUGAACAGUGCAUUGUGGGGUGUUAUGCCUCUUAGUUACAGGGCUGAUGCAACAUUGCAUAACACUUUUUAAAAAAUGUUUAGAUCUUGACGCAAGAAAGUCACAUUUUUACAGAGCAUGACAGGAGGAUCUUUUUGUGCCUUAGACUUAAUAAAAUAUGUCGGACACAUAUUUAUCUAAUUAAAUUACAUUUGAGGACAAACAGAUGAAUACUAUGCUCGAAGAUAAACAUUUUAUUUAUUUAUUACACAGUAGUGAUAAAUCGUACACUAUUACACAGUAGAAAUCUUUUUAGACCAGUUUAGCCAUCAACUGCAGAAAAAACAGUAUACUGUUGACUUUAGCAAGUUUUAGGAUUAAACAAUGUAACCUACGGAUUCAAAUACGUAACCUGCGGAUUCUAAUACGUAACAUUCAACUACAUAACAUGCAACUUUGUAGCAUGUUGUUGGAUUCUACCAGGCUUAAGUACAGCUAGAGGCAAUCAAAUCCCUGUUUUACAUGACAACUGGGCAAGUGUCUAAUGGUAUAUAUGCUUUAGACCGUAUGGUUUAUAGUGGGCUUGCUAGUCCAGCAUCUUGCAAGUGACCCCUCUGACAAUGGGACCAAAUUGGGUCAAAGGUUAUAUUCUACAGACCUGCACUGUGGAGUGAAACAAGAUGCUCACAGUCCCCCAGAAGAGCAAACAGCAGUGGUGGAAAAAGUACCCAAUCUUCAUACCCAAUCGUCAUCCCUUAAAAGAAAAUGACUAAAAGUUGAAAGUCACCCAGUAAAAUUCUACUUGAGUAAAAGUCAAAGUAUUUGAUUUGAAAUAUACUUAAGUAGCAAAAGUUAAUACAAAAUAUAUAUACUUAAGUAUCAAAAGUAAAAGGAUACAUUUUUAAAUUCCUUAUAUUAAUCAAACCAGACAGCACCCUUUUUUUGUUUUUUAAAUGUAUGGAUAGCCAGGGGCACACUCCAACACUCAGACAUAAUUAACAAACAAAGCAUGUGUUCUAUGAGUCCGCCAGAUCAGAGGCAGUAGGGUUGACCAGGGGCGUUCUCUUGAUAAGUGCGUGAAUUUUUCUGUCCGGCUAAGCAUUCAAAAUGUAAAGAGUACUUUUGGGUUUCAGGGAAAAUGUGUGGAGUAAAAAGUACAUUAUUUUCUUUAGGAAUGUAGUGAAGUCAAAAUUAUAAAGUGUAAAGUAAAGUAUAGAUACUCAAAAAAAACCUACUUAGGUAGUACUUUAAAGUAUUUAAAUACUUUACACCACUGGGAAACAGAGACUGUAAAAUAAAAUGGCAUACCCUAUCUGCAAAGUCACAAUGGGCUACCUGGGCGUUUGUUAUCUUGUCUAGUUUGUUUAGAAUCCUGUAUUGGAUUGUUAUAUCUCGUACAUUUCAAAACUGUUAACCUGGUUUUGGGUUGGGUGUGUGUACUACUUAUUAAUGGCUCACCAUUGGAAGUCUGUGCCUCAGAAAUAAGUUAAUUUAACUUUUGAUUAGGCGAUACAAUUUAUAAUUAUUUGUAGCAAUUAAUGCUUCCUUUGUAUAUGAAGAAAAAAUGGUGAUUGAUUAUAUCACGGCAUUGAUUAGAUCAUGGCACACUCACUGCUUUCAUGUGAUAGGUUUUCUCAUUGAAUGGGGACUUUCCCCCGUGUGUAACGUCUAUGUUAAAUUUUGAUUGCUGAGUUGUAUGUGUGGGGUGCAACACAGUAAACUUUGGUUGAAUUUAAUAUAAAAUAACUUCUAAGGUAUUUGAAUUUGAUCCAAAAUGAUUUGUGCUGUUCAAUAAAAUAUAGUUUGUAUAAAAAAAAAUUAUAGAACAAGUAGACUGUUGCACUAUUUGGAUUUGUAUGUCUUGCUGUGGGAGGCACUACUCUUUAUUGUACAUGAUAAAUGUUGUGGUUGACACUUUCAUGUUCAAUUUUAUGUGGUUGGGGCAAUAACUUUUUUAAAUGGUUCCUGUAGCCAAUGUUUUUCAGAUGUAAAUUAAAAAGAACUUUGGUUAAUUUAA